AUGGAGUUUAAAGAUGGUAUUAUAAAAUACAAUAUGUUCGAAAGUUUACACCGGUUUCAACUGGAAAGUUCAGGAGUACCUAAAAGAUUCUGGUUUACCCUAUAUAAGAAAAUAGAAAACAAUAUAUUUGAUGCUGGUAAUGUUUUAUCUGUAUUUCGAAUUGAAUAUGAUGAAAAAAAACCUGAAGAUCCUGUUUACACUGUGCUCGUUGUAAAUCCAAAUGGCCUUAACCAUGAAGAUCCUUCUCAAAUUUAUCUAAUAGAUCAUGCAUGGACGUAUGAAUGCAGUAAAGCAGUAGAUAACCUGAGAAAUAUUCCUGGACUUGUCGAAAGAAUGUGCAAUUUAAUGGGGAUUCCAAUAAGCGAUGACAUUUCUAAAAAUGUGGAUAAUGUUUACAGAGAGAUGUGGAAAUAUAAUCAAACUUAUUCUCCCAGUUUUGGAGAUGUAGAAGAUAGAAUACCAUUAUGGUACAUAAUGGAUGAAUUGGGUUCAGCCAUUGAACAUUCUCAUGAACCAAACUUUAGAACGGUGCCAUUUUUUUACAUAAAUGGUCAAAUAACAUAUUCUUUACUAUUUCCAAUAAAAGAUGUAUGCUUGAAUGAAAAAGUUACCAGAGAUUAUUUGGAGGGGCCUUUUAGCAAUAAUCAAAAUUUGAGAAAAGCUCUUAGUAUUCCAUGGUUACCAUCAUCAUUUUUGGAUGUUGAUUUUGAAAUGACAGAACCGGAUAAAAAUUAUUUUGAAUCAAAAAAUUCAAAAGAAAUUUUACCAAUUAUUGAGAGUCCUCUCACACUAGACACUACAAAAGUGCUUAAAGUUUAUUCUGAAUACAGUUACAUAAAUCAAUAUUUAAGAAGUUCUGAUUUUGAAAUUGUCAAUACACCUUCAGAAGCUGAUGUCCUAUGGUUGCUCACACACAUAAAAGACUACAAAAGUUACAGUGAAAACGAACCGAACAAAUUACUCAAUCAAUUUCCAUACGAAAGUUUAAUCACGAUGAAAAAUUUAUUAUCGGUAAUAUGUCGAAGAAAGCAGGUUCAAGGUUUGGAUAAAUUUUCAGAUAAUCCUCCGUGGUAUCCCGUAUCGUACGAUUUGGACGGUGAAAUAAAUAAAUUCGUGAGUUAUUAUCAAAAUCAGGAAAAAAAUGGAAAUAAUAAUUUAUGGAUAUGUAAACCGUGGAAUUUAGCAAGAGGACUCGACAUAACAAUCACGGAUAAUUUAAAUUGCAUACUUCGACUUCCUUCGACGGGUCCAAAAUUGGCUCAAAAAUAUUUACACGAUCCUGUUUUAUUUAAUCGUGGCGACGUGGGACUAGUCAAAUUCGAUAUUCGUUACGUCAUAUUAUUACAAUCGGUAAAACCGUUAAAAUUAUACGCAUUUGCUAACAAACAAUACGAUUUGACCGAUUUAUGGGAUAGAGAAAAACAUUUUACCGUUAUGAAUUACAACGACGAAACUCCGUUGUUUAAAAUGCUUUGCGAUGAAUUUAUAAUAAAAUUUAACGAGCAAAAUCCUUGCCACGAAUGGAAGCACGUCGAAGGCGACAUAUUCAAAGCUAUAAAAGAAUUAUUCGAAGGUGCAACAUCCAAACCUCCACCUUUAGGUAUAGGACACAACGUUCAAUCUCGUGCUCUUUAUGCUAUUGACCUCAUGCUAUCAUACGAUAGCAAAUGUUCGGAUGAUGGUAAAAAAUUAAUACAACCGAAAAUAUUAGAAGUUAAUUGGCAACCUGAUUGCGAAAGAGCUUGUAGAUAUUAUCCAACAUUUUACGAUGAUGUAUUUUUACUCCUUUUUAAAAAUAAAUUGAACGAAAAUGUUUUUCAAAAAUUAUAA